AUGCCUUUUCGUUUAUCUGGCAGCAAAGCAGGUUCAAAAGUUUCCAGUUUGUCAUCUCUCGUUCUUGCGUCUUUUGUGUUCACGUUUUGUCUUAGCUUAGCAGUACAAGCUGACAAUUCAGUCACAAAUAUUGGAGCAAUUAUUGAUGUUGAUUCCCGCGUCGGGAAGGAACAGAAAAUUGCCAUGAUCAUGGCCUUGCAGAACUUCAACAACAAUUCAAGUAAUCACAGGCUGAAUAUUUAUUUCAGAAACGCCAGCAAAGACCCUGUUCAGGCUAUUUCUACAGUCAAAGAGCUGAUUGGAGGGAAUCAAGUUCAAGUUAUUAUUGGGACACGAACAUGGGAGGAAGCAGCAUUAGCCUCCGAUGUUGGAAAGCCAGCGCAAGUGCCAGUCCUUACAUUAGUUGCAGCUUCCAGUACACAGCCAUCGACCCAGAAUCGAUGGCCUUUCUUGGUAGAGAUGGCCACCGAUAGCCAGGAACAGAUAAAUUGUAUUGCAGCUAUUGUCAAUUCCUACCACUGGCGAAAAGUAAUAGUAAUUCAUGAAGACAGCAGUUAUUUUGCUGAUUCUGGGUUGCUUCCUAUGUUAUCGGAGGCUCUUCAAAAUGUUGGUGCAGCUAUUGAGUAUGAUCUCAUCCUUCCACCAUUCUCGUCUCUAUCUGAUCCAGAGGGGUUUGUUCGACGAGAAGCAGCGGAGUUAUUGAGGAAGCAGUCUCGAGUUUUUAUCGUUCUUCAAUCAUCCUUACCACUGGCUACACAUUUACUCAGAGAAGCUAAGCAGAUAGGACUAAUGGGUAGAGAUUCAGUAUGGAUUCUGACAGACUCUAUUUCAGAUUUUCUGGAUUCUGUUGACCCCAAUUUGGUCUCUUCUGCACAAGGUGCUAUAGGUAUCAAGAGCUAUUAUUCAGAAAACAACAGGCAUUUUCUAGACUUUAAAGAUCAAUUUCGGAAGAAUUUCAGACUGGAGUAUCCAGAUGAAGACAACUGGGGUCUUGGAAUUCAUGCUCUAAAAGCAUAUGAUAGCAUUACAGCGAUAACGGAAGCUGUGAAAACAUAUGAUAGCAUUACAGCUAUAGCAGAAGCUGUGAAAGAAUUAAGUGGGAACAAUAAUAGUAAUCCAAAGUUGCUGCUCAAUGAAAUUCUGUCCAGUAAUUUCACUGGACUAAGUGGUGAAAUUUGUUUCCAUAGUGGGAAAUUAAAGCAGAAAUCUAUAUUCAAGAUUAUUAACAUUGUUGGAAGGAGUUAUAAAGAGCUAGGCUUCUGGUCAUCACAAUUUAACUUCUCAGAGAGCCAUGUGGAGAAGAAGGGCGGUGUGGUUAUUGGUGUUGACAGUAUGAACGAAUUGCGCAGUUUGGUAAAUUGGCCAGGGGAAUUGGAUCGAGGUCCAAAAGGAUGGGAAAUGCCUACCGAUGUAGCCCCAUUGAGAAUUGGAGUUCCGGGAAACAAUUCCUUCCCAGUGUUUGUAAAGGUAAAGCAUGUCCAAAAGACAAAUGAGAAGAUAUAUGAUGGUUUUUGCAUUGAUAUUUUCGAAGAGGUGAUAAAAGUAUUGGGAUAUCCCCUGCCUUAUGAAUUUGUGCCCUUCAAUGGUAGCUAUAGUGAACUGGUUGAGAAUGUCGCCAAUAAGAGCUUUGAUGCUGCUGUGGGCGAUAUAACCAUCUUAGCCGACCGUUCAAGAACUGUAGAAUUUACUCAACCGUUUAUGGAGUCUGGCUUGUCAAUGUUGGUUCCAGUCAAAACUGAACCCCAGAUGGAGUGGAUAUUUACGAAGCCUUUCACUAGGAAUAUGUGGACGGUUACUUUAGCCAUUUUAUUCUACACAAUGUUCGUCAUUUGGUUUAUGGAGCAUCAAUCUAAUCCAGAAUUUAAAGGGCCAAGGAGAGAUCAACUUGCAACUGCAAUGUGGUUUACAUUCUCUUCUCUAUUCUUCGCUCACAGAGAAGAAAUUAAAAGCAAUUAUACUAAAAUAGUGGUUGUGGUGUGGCUCUUUGUUGUGUUGAUAUUAAUCUCAAGUUAUGAGGCUAACCUCGCUUCAAUGCUGACUGUCCCACGACUUGAGGCAAGUGUGACUGGUUUAGAUUGGAUAAUGAAAACUAAUGCUACAGUUGGAUGCGACGGUGACUCUUUUGUAGAAGAUUAUCUGAGGAAUGUAAUUGACCUUCCAAAUAUCAAAACCAUAAGCAGCCAAGACCGUUAUUCAGAGGAAUUUAAGAAUGGAAAUAUCUCUGCUGCAUAUCUUGAACUCCCUUACCAGAACGUUUUUCUCAAAGAUCACUGCAAAGAGUAUACAGUAACUGGGCCUACCUACAGCUUUGGAGGACUAGGGUUUGUAUUCCAGAAAAAUUCUCCAAUAGCUCGCGAUGUUUCAGAUGCCCUUCUAACGUUAAUGGAGGACGGAAAGCUUAAUCGCUUGAAAGAGAAAUGGUUUGGUCCACCAGACAGUUGUUCAAAUUCUGAUGCUAACUCUGAAACAGAAAGAUUGAGUUUCAGGAGUUUCUGGGGUCUAUACCUUGUUUCUGCUGCCAUUUCAACUCUCUGUUUCCUCAUUUCCGCUCUUCAGUUGUUGAAAAAGAAAUUAAAGUUCUGUGAAGAACAUGCACGUGAUGUUACUCAAAUUGUUGAGGGUGUUCCUAACACAACGAAUAGGUUAGAGCAGUAUUUUCAUGGUGGACGGCCGAAGUCUCUGAGGAGGAGAAGCACAUUUAAUUUCUCUAAAGGUGCUGAAACGAUUGAAUUAGGGAGUCCUCCGGAUGCCUCUCAGAUUUUUCGGGCUUCCUCCCUGCAGAAGUCGGAACUCCCAGAGAUAAUUGAACAUAAUACAUGA